CUUCACUUCCGGGGCAACCGGCACUUCUGGUGCCUGGCCCGAUCCGGGUCUCGUGCGGUUGGAUCUCUGUAGAUUCAAACUUGCAAGUAAAACAAGAUGGCAGAAGAAGCUGGGGAUGAUAAGAAACUGGUGGCCAAGUUUGAGCUGGAGAGGGAGACUGAGCUCCGCUUUGAGGUUGAAGCCUCACAAACUGUCCAGCUAGAGCUUAUGACAGGCAUGGCUGAAAUCUUUGGAACGGAACUGACACGCAACAAGAAAUUUACCUUUGAUGCUGGUUCUAAAGUGGCCGUCUUCACCUGGCAUGGCUGUUCAGUGCAGCUGACUGGUCGGACUGAAGUAGCCUAUGUCUCUAAGGACACCCCCAUGCUGCUGUAUCUCAACACCCAUACAGCCCUGGAGCAGAUGCGGUGGCAGGCUGAACGUGAAGAUGAACGGGGUCCUCGGGUCAUGGUGGUGGGACCCACAGAUGUGGGCAAGUCAACUGUCUGCCGCUUACUACUGAAUUAUGCUGUGCGCCUAGGGCGCCGACCCACUUUUGUGGAGUUGGAUGUAGGCCAGGGCUCAAUCUCUAUCCCAGGCACAAUGGGAGCACUCUAUAUUGAGCGACCUGCAGAUGUUGAAGAAGGAUUCUCUGUGCAGGCCCCUCUGGUCUAUCACUUUGGGUCCACUACACCUGGCACUAACAUCAAACUCUAUAAUAAGAUCACAUCUCGCUUGGCUGAUGUAUUUAACCAACGUUGUGAGGUGAACCGCCGGGCUUCAGUCAGUGGCUGUGUCAUAAAUACCUGUGGCUGGGUGAAGGGAUCUGGGUACCAGGCACUUGUACAUGCUGCCUCUGCCUUUGAAGUUGAUGUUGUAGUAGUCCUGGACCAAGAGCGCCUCUACAAUGAACUGAAGCGAGACUUGCCUCACUUUGUUCGGACAGUGCUGCUCCCCAAGUCAGGUGGAGUGGUGGAACGCUCCAAAGACUUCCGCCGGGAGUUUCGUGAUGACCGCAUACGUGAAUACUUCUAUGGCUUCCGAGGGUGCUUCUAUCCACAUGCCUUUGAUGUCAAGUUCGCUGAUGUCAAGAUAUAUAAGGUGGGAGCUCCCACCAUCCCUGACUCAUGUCUGCCCCUGGGCAUGUCACAGGAAGACAACCAACUCAAGCUGGUGCCAGUUACACCCGGCCGUGACAUGGUGCACCACCUGUUAAGUGUGAGUACGGCUGAUGGCACUGAUGAGAACAUCUCUGAAACUAGUGUGGCUGGUUUUAUUGUUGUCACUGGAGUGGAUCUGGAACGCCAGGUUUUCACUGUACUUUCACCAGCACCUCGCCCAUUGCCCAAGAACUUCCUGCUCAUCAUGGACAUUCGUUUCAUGGAUCUCAAGUAGUACCAGCGCUGGCAAGAAUUUUUUAGACUUCCUCAGGCCAUGUCUUGUUUCCAUAUAAACAAAACCGUUACAGUCCUGAAUGAAACAGCAUUAUCCCUCAGACUGAGGAAGAGAGAAAGGAGUCAUAAGAAGGGAUUACAGUUUCAGUUAUUUGAAACAAUCCUUUCAAUUUUCCCUCAGCCAUUAGAAAUAAGCAUUGAGUAGAAUGCCAGAGGAUGAAGCUGAGAAGAUUUGUGGAUUUUGAUGUAUGAACAGCCAUAACGGACAAAAGGGCUCUCUGCUAGCAAGCUAGUUGGUUUGCCUUUCUCCUUGGGUUCACUUUUAUCUUCUCAGUCUUUGAAACUGAAAUCCUUCCUACAUUGUUACAUCUGGCCAUGUUGUAGAGAGGGCAGAUUUUUUACUUUGUAUUUUUUAAAACUUUAAUAAAUUCUAAAAUGUG